AUGGCAUCAGUACAUCCAUUUUUACCAACUCCUAACGAGUUCUACGGGGAACUUCAAGGUCGCUCUGAUUUCGCCGAAGAGAGACGUUAUAAGCGGUUUUUAGCUGUUCUACUAUUUCAACGGUUAACUAGAGGUCACCUCAUAAGAAAACAUAUAGCAUGGUUAUCGUUCAAUGCUACGAUAAUUCAGUGCGCAUUUAGAGUGCACAGGGCGCGGAAAUUCUUUAGAUUAGCUCUGAGACGUGCGGUUCGGAACAAGCAUGCGAAGCAUUAUGAUCAUGCUGCUAGGAUAAUUCAGGCGCUGUGGCGUGGGCAUUACUCGAGGCGGACCAAGUUUUGCUACCGCUCUUACCGCCGCUGGCUGGCAACCGUCACCGAGCGGGGGGAGAGAAAGGCGGCAGAAGCUGCCGAAUUUGGUAUCAGAAGUCGAGCUGAUGACUUGAAGAUCUUAGAAGAAGAAGCGAGGCAAUGGCUUGCAUUCGUCGUUUUUAAACUACAUCACUUACUUAGGACUUAUGUAUGUGCUGGAGUCUACUCGAACCCUGCUACUUCAGAACUGUCAGAAUUUGAAAAACUACUCAAAGCAAUCCAUUACUUAGAGUAUCGGAAAAGGCUGUUACGCAAAUACGAAGAAUUUGUAAGGAAACACCGGCCGAGAUUCUCGAAUAAAAGACUAUUCCCUAUCAUCGGCAAUGGUGAGGAUUACUGGUAUUUAUCACUCCCUGAGAUGUAUGAACUGACGAGUCCUGCUCCUAAAAAGGUAAAUACGAGACAUUUAGAUACUCACCAUGGCCCGCAACACAAACAGCCAUUUUUGUGGAGGAAGUAUCGGCCGCCUAGUCCUGAGAAAGGUCGCGGGCCAUUUUCUCCAAGGUCUUCGAUCAACCGGACUCCGCCGCCGCCAGCUCCCACGCCGGCUGCAGGAGGCGCUGGAGACUUCAAACAACAUAAAGAUCCACGGUUCCACUUGUACGUCAAGCAUUAUACGCCGCAGCCAGCUUUAUUCGACUACGUUGAUUUCCAUAUAAACGUAUUGCUGACUCGUAAAUGCUCCAUAGAGAAUAUAGACAAAGAAGAGUAA